UUAUGUUCAACAACUAUGAAGUGAGCGUCGUUCAGCGGUGUGGCGGCAACACCGGUGGCACCGGCGGCAACUUCACGUUAAUGUGAAACAAAUUUGCUUAAUCAUGUAACCUAACGUCAUUCCUUUUGUAAUCUUGUAACGGCACACACAAUGUAAUCGUUUUAAUUAAACCUAAUAUUUUUCACUGCAAGUCAGUAUUGUUUCAUUUUUAUCACAUCAAAUAAAAGGAAGAAUCAACAAUCAACCGCAUAAUAUCAAACAUGGUCCAUUCGGAGCCGAAUCAUUAAUUGAAGUCAUCAUCAUCAUCACAUGCACAUGGCGAUUGGCGAGUCGCAAAAGGAUUCUGCAGGAUUGCCGUCGAGUCGCAUCCGUUAUUCGUGCACGUGUUGUGCAGCGCGGCGCUGUGCUGAUGCUUACCGGGAAUUUGUAAGUACUCUUGUUUCCUAUAAUCUGCUAAAAUGAGUGACUGUGAAGAUACAAUCGGUGGUAAUUCUAAAUCUCCUCGUUUAGGUAUUUGUAAAAGUAUAAAUAUGCAGCUCGCUGACUUAAAGAGACAGCGUGGCACGUUAAAAGGCAGGCUAACAUUGUUUGAAAGAUAUAUUUCAAAAUUAGACAAAUCAGAAUUAAAUUCCAAUAGCAAAACUGAAUUAGAAUUACGAAUAGAGUCAGCUUGUACACUUUUUCAAAGUUACAAUGAAAUUCAGAGUAAAAUUGAACAAUUAGUUGAAGAUUCUGAUAUAGCAGCUCAAUUAGAAUACCGUGAAUUGUUUGAACAGCAGUAUUUUUCUAUUAUGGCUAACGCGAAGUGCUUAGUGAAUCCUAACAGUAGUGAAAAAACACAAUCUAUUUGUCAUCAGGUUUGUAAUAAUUCUAUGUCUAUUAAAUUGCCAGUAAUAAAGCUACCUGUCUUUGAGGGUGCUUAUGAUCAGUGGUUGGAGUAUAGGAAUUCAUAUCUCACUAUGAUACACAGUCGUGAUGAUCUUAAUGAUAUACAGAAAUUUCAUUAUUUAAAAUCUUCCCUCAGUGGUUCUGCUUCUCAUGUUAUUAGUGCAUUAGAGUUCACGGCUGAAAACUACUCACACGCAUGGGAUUUAUUAGAAAAUAGGUUUCAUAAUAAUCGAUUAUUAGUACAAAAUCAUGUCAAGGCACUCUUUAAUGUUCAGGCACUACAAAGCGAAUCGUUUGUUCACAUUAGAAGGUUGAUAGAUUCAACAUUACGUAAUUUACGUGCAUUAAAAUCAUUAAACGAACCGACCGAUUCAUGGGACACUUUGGUUGUCUAUUUAAUUGUGUCCAAGCUCGAUCAGUCCACAGAGCGUGAGUGGGAGACGCAUAAAGGUACCUUAUUGUCAAAAAAUGAAUCAAGAAACAUUAAAUUAGGCGAUCUAUUAGAGUUUCUUGGAAACCGAGCUGAUAUGUUAGAAAUGAUAAAAACGAACAAUGUGCGCGGUGUUUUAUAUAAUAAACAUAACAAUAAUAAUUAUAUUAACUCGAAUAACAACCAGAAAUAUUUUAGUAAGCCUAAAACCUUGUCGCAACCUCUCACACAUACACAUGUAGUUAAUUCAUCUCGUAACAAACCUAAAUCCGAUAUCAAUAUAAAAGAACGUGUUUGUGUUGAUUGCGGCGGUGAACAUUAUUUGUAUUCAUGUCCGAAAUUCUUAAACAGGUCCGUGCAGGAGAGACAUGUUCUUGUAAAAAAUAAAAACUUUUGUCGUAAUUGUAUUCGCACUGAUAGCCAUGUAGCAAACGAUUGUUCAUAUGGUCCAUGCAAAUUAUGCAAAAAGAACCAUAAUACACUACUUCAUAAUACUUGUCUUAGUUCUAAUGAAGAAUUAAGUAUUCCCGCGUCUAUACCUAGUUCGCAUAAAUCAGCUGAUACGGGAGUGCAUUCCGAGCGUAUAAAUGUACUCACGUGCAAUGCCGCUGCCGCUAUACAACCCGUGUUGCUUUCGACAGCGCUCAUUGACGUUUCUGACUCUAGUGAUAAUUAUCACACAGUUAAGGCGCUCCUUGACAACGGAAGUCAGAAUUGUUUUAUUACAGAAUCGUUGUGUAAUCGUUUACAAAUACCAAUAAUACAGUCCACUAUACAUAUUUCAGGUGUUGGGCAAAGCAUAUCAAAAUGUUCUCACACCUGUAAGGUAAAUAUUCGUUCUAAAGUUAAUCGUUUUAAUAUAAAUAUUCAAUGCUUGGUUCUUCCUCGUAUUACAUCAAAGUUACCUUCGUUACCAAUUAAAUCUCAACGCUUCCAAAUACCUAAACACAUUUCACUCGCGGACCCUACGUUUAGUGUGCCGUCGGAUAUCGAUAUCCUUAUAGGAGCGGAUAUAUUUUGGGAUUUAUUAAAUAGUGAUAAGAUUAAGCUUAGUGAUGGUCCUUAUCUGUACGAUUCAAAAUUAGGAUGGAUAAUUUCUGGGCCUAUUUAUAAUAGUCACUCGUUUAAGACUGAAAGAGUUCAGUGUAACUUAGUUCAGAUUAAUACUCAACUGAAAAAAUUUUGGGAGUUAGAAGAAUUGACUGACUUCUCUUCUCCCAUGUCUAAAGAUGAUCGUUAUUGUGAAACGUUAUUUAAAGAGACUACGACACGUGACAAACACGGUAGAUUCUCUGUUCGCAUUCCUCUAAAAGAGUCACCUGAGUUAUUAGGUGAUUCGUACACUAUGGCUAAAAAUCGUUUUUUAUCUCUCGAAAGAAAGUUGGAUCGUUUACCUAAUUAUAAAACACUUUAUAGCGAAUUUAUUACAGAAUAUGAAACACUGGGUCAUAUGACUCUUAUUGAAACAGAAAAUAUUCCAGAUUUAUUAAGUAAACCACAUUAUAUAUUGCCUCAUCACGGUGUCUAUCGUGAGGAUAGUUUAACUACGAAAUUACGUGUUGUGUUCGACGCGAGCGCGAAUACAUCAAACAACAAAUCGUUAAAUAAUAUACAGUAUACAGGACCUCCAUUACAAAAUGAUAUAUUCUCAAUUUUACUUAGAUUUCGUCAAUAUAAAUACGUAGCCUGCGCAGAUAUUCAAAAAAUGUACAGACAGAUUUUAAUUCAAUCGGAUCAACGUAAUUUACAGCUGAUAUUGUGGAGGAAUAAUCGAAACCUACCUUUACAGUUAUAUAUGCUAAAUACAGUGACAUAUGGAACGGCGUCAGCACCGUUUCUCAGCAUGCGUUGCUUAAAACAAUUAGCUUUAGACUGUAAUGAUGAAUUAGUUGCAAGGACAAUUAACGAGGAUUUUUUCGUUGACGAUUUAAUUACGGGGAGUAAUGACCUUGAAUCGUUAAUGGAAUUGUGUAAUAAAAUAUCCAAGUUGUUAAAACAGGGUUGUUUUCCGCUGCAUAAAUGGACAUUUAAUUGCGACGUAUCUCCUGAAAUGUAUAAAGACCUAAACAUUGAUGUAAAUCAUUCAUCCAAAACGUUAGGUUUAGGCUGGUGUACAAAAAGGGAUGAAUUUUAUUUUACAACUAAAUUUACAAAAAAUUACUCGAUAGUUACGAAGCGUGUCAUAUUAUCCACCGUUGCACAAAUAUAUGAUCCAUUAGGUUUAUUAACACCCGUAGUAAUCACAGCUAAAUCAUUGUUACAAAAAUUGUGGCUACAAAAAUUAGAUUGGGACGACGAAGUUCCCGAAACCAUAGCGAUUGCAUGGCGUAAGUUUCUGUGUGAUUUGCAACAUUUGCAUAAUAUUAAAAUACCUCGUUGUGUUAUUGAUGACAAUAGUUACAAGGAGCUUCAUAUAUUUACUGACGCUUCUCAAGAUGCCUACGGAGCGUGCGCGUACGUUAGGUUGUGUAAUAAUAACGGUACUUUACCAGUUUCAGUGCAUUUAUUGUGUGCAAAAAGUAAAUUAGCACCGAUAAAGAUAGUAAGUAUUCCGAGACUCGAACUGUGCGGGGCUUUGGUAGGUGCGAGAUUAUAUAUUAAAAUAAAACAAUCCCUACGGUUAAAUUUCGAUAAAAUAUAUUUUUGGACUGACUCAACUAUUGUGCAAGGCUGGUUGAGUAUGUCGCCGCAUUUACUUAAAACCUUCGUUCAAAAUCGCGUCGCACAAAUAAAUGAAUUAACGUGCGAUACAAUUUGGCGACAUGUUAAGGGAACCGAUAACCCUGCGGAUAUUAUAACUCGCGGCACGACGUUAGACACGCUGAAGUAUGAUAGUAAUCAUAAUUGGUGGUGUGGCCCUGCCUUCUUGCGCGAUAUAAGUAGUAAGUGGCCAGACAAUAAUAAAAUAUUUAUUUCGCCAUAUAGUGAGUUGCCUGAAAUUAAACAUAGCGCUGUUAAUUUACAUUCUACUCAAUUAUGUUCAAUAUUUGAUUUUGAACGUUAUUCGUCAUUUAUUCGUUUGCAAAGGGUUUGCGCAUAUUUAUUGCGAUUCAUUGAUAAUGUCAGAGUGCCUAUUGUCAACGGCAUUCGUGUGCGACAAACCGGUUCCUUAUCUGUAGAUGAGUUACAGCGAUCACUUGAUACAUUAACACGGUUGGCUCAACAAGAAUCAUUUAGUGAGCAAUAUUAUAGAUUAAAAAAUAAGUUAUCAUUAAAUAAUAGUAAAAAUAUUAAAAAUAAAUUGAUAUAUAAUAAAAUAGCCGGUUUAAAUAUUUUUCUAGAUGAAUCAAAUAUUAUUCGUGUCGGUGGUAGGUUAUCUAACGCGAAUGAUUUUGAUUAUAAUAAAAAACAUCCCGUAUUGCUUAGUGGGAAGCAUCGAUUUUCAAGAUUAUUAUGUGAAUAUGAACAUAAACGAUUGCUUCAUGCUGGACCUCAACUUCUAGUAUAUUCCAUGCGUGAAAGGUGGUGGAUUUUGAGGGCUCGCGAUUUAGCUAAACAAGUUGUUCAUAAUUGUAUCGUAUGCAAACGCAUGAAAGGCAGGACAUUGACCCCUCUUAUGGGUAACUUACCUUCGGAAAGAUUAGAACAAAAUUUUCCUUUUAUGAAUUGUGGUGUUGACUAUGCCGGGCCACUGCUCAUAUUGGACCGCAAAGGCAGGGGUGCAAAAUUAAUAAAGUCAUACAUUUGUUUAUUCGUUUGUUUUAGUACAAGGGCUAUACAUUUAGAACUGGUAGGUAGCUUGAGUACACAUGAUUAUAUUUUAGCAUUAAAUCGGUUCAUAGCACGGCGUGGAAAGCCUUAUCAAAUCUUUUCAGACAAUGGAAAAAAUUUCGUUGGUGCUGAAAAAGAAUUAUCAGUAAUUUUUAAUAAUGGUAGUGAUAUUUCUGAUUUUCUUAGUCAUAAUCAAAUUCGUUUAACAUUUAUACCACCGUACAGUCCUCAUUUUGGCGGGUUGUGGGAAGCAGGAGUCAAGUCCUGUAAGCAUCAUUUGCGGCGGGUGCUGGGCAAUGCUAGGUUAACACGUGAAGAGUUUGAAACGCCCAUUUCCUGAUCGGUCGACCACUAACUGCACCUAUCUGCGAAAACCUGACGAUGAUUAAGCCUACGCGAUUGGGACGCUAUGACCAUGUGGAGCAACUUCGACAACAUUUUUGGCAGCGUUGGUCGAAAGAAUACAUUUCAGAGCUUCAACAGCGAAUUAAAUGGAAAACCAACAAUGAGGACCUCAAACAAGAUAGCUUAGUUCUGAUCAAGGAGGAUAAUGUUCCCCCUUUAAAAUGGAAACUGGGUCGAGUGACGCACGUCUUACCGGGGACUGAUGGGAUUUCCCGAGUGGCUGAAAUACGGACAGCGCACGGCAUCAUACGUCGAUCUUUUGCAAAAAUUUGCCCGUUAUACCCCUCAUGAUCCAGCUUCACUGACGAGUGCUUCAUGUUGGAAGCCUUCCCUGAGUUCUUCCAAGGCGGGCGGUAUGUUCAACAACUAUGAAGUGAGCGUCGUUCAGCGGUGUGGCGGCAACACCGGUGGCACCGGCGGCAACUUCACGUUAAUGUGAAACAAAUUUGCUUAAUCAUGUAACCUAACGUCAUUCCUUUUGUAAUCUUGUAACGGCACACACAAUGUAAUCGUUUUAAUUAAACCUAAUAUUUUUCACUGCAA